CUUUACGGAAAGCUUGGCUCUUUUUUGACGUCGUAGGCGACGAUGCCGAGCCUAUAAGAGAAGGGGCCAUCAGUUAGUAGCAGUACUUGGUACGUAGGCAUAACAUGCAUGGUGUAUGCAUGCACUUUACCUAGAAUUUCCAUAUGUCUGGAUAGAGAGUAGGAAUUGGAGAGACGUGAUGUGUUAAAGACAAGAGAGACCCGCCGCGGGGUGUUUGCUGCAGGCAUAAGAGCCUUGCUUCUCUGCCGAGAAGAAGAAAAGGAAUAAAAGAAAAAGAAUGAAGGAUGAAGGAUGAAAGAUGAAAGAUGACAAGUCUGAUCUUUUCCUUCUUCUUCUUCUUCUUCUUCUUCCUUCUUUUCGCCAGGAGCAGGUGCUCUUGCUCAUCGGAUCAUAGUAUCGCCCCUUCCAACUAUACACCGGCAGCCAAAAAGCAAAGCCGCUGUCACGGUGAUGUAACUUUUUCGGUGCCGGCUCAGGCCAUCGGCACAUCUUUUAGCCGCUGCCACGGAUCCCCUUGUGCCGAGUUGCUGCCAAUCCAAUCGACUGCUUCUCAAUCUCAAUCUCAAUCUCAAUCUCACACAUCAUUGCAACGGUCUUAUACUUCUUCAGGAAAUCAAGACAAAAAGGAUCCAUCUCUGCUCCGUAUACCGCCCCCGCGCCGCCCCUCCUUUACGGCUGGAGACCACCAAAGACGAACGAAUCCGCCGCGCGGGAUCAUGAGUUGAAGCAAAGAGCCAUCGUCAACUUUCGGCCCCACCUACGGCAAAGACUCACAUAUGGCUCCGGUCCGUGGCCGCGCAGCCUGCGAUGGGUGCAGAUCUCGAAAGCAGAAGUGCGAUGAAAAAAGGUAU